GCGAAUUCAUAUGACACUUUGCGGCGUGAAGCUGAAAUCCACGAAUUCACUUUUUAGCAAAGCACAAAAGCAGCACGGGAGAAAUUGAUUACAAAAAUUCAGUUGCAAAUAAUUUCGGAUAUAAUAAAAAACAUAAAAUACAGUGCUUUUUAUUUUAGUGCCGUGUUUCACUCGAAUUGCUAUUGCAUUUUAUGAAUAUUGUAUUUUUCAAGAGGGGAUCAACCACGCUGUAAAAUUUAACUAAUAGUAAGACGUGUUAUUUAAUAAAACAUCAACAAAAUGGCUCGCGGACAUCAAAAAAUUCAAUCGCAAGCCAAGGCUCAAGAAAAACAAGCCAAAAUGAAGAAGCAGCAAGGCCACAGUGCCACUGAUCAGAAGAAGGCAGCACAAAAGGCGCUCGUUCAUGUAUGCGCGGUUUGCAAGUCGCAAAUGCCCGAUCCAAAAACGUACAAACAACACUUUGAGAAUAAACAUCCCAAAAAUGAGAUGCCGCUAGAUUUGAAGGAUGUAUAAGCGAAGUUGUGUUAACACUAUUGUCAGCGCUUCAGUUAUUCACAUUGACAUUGCCAAAAUCAUGAUAAAAAGUUUGAAUACACUUGUAGGAAUAUCAUGGAGUUACAUGAUCUACCCCGGCGAUGACGAAACUGAACUUUUUUUUUUAUUUAUUAAACAGUGAUUUUUUGGUAUACAAAAUUAGUGAAAUAUUUUUCUUUGCUACUUGAAAACAAACUAAUAAAAUGCACCCAAAAUUAAACAAAAAGAAAAAAAAAUAAUGCAUAAAUUUUGUAAUAGCACAUGUGUACAUACAUGCAUACGUGAAGUGGUUUGUUACUGCCGCGCUGCUGCUUUGCUUCCGAUGUCUUUAAACGCAAAAGAAAAAAACAAUAAAAACAAUUGCAAUUGAUUGCAGCCUUUUUUAUAAUAACUAUUACAUACCUACUCAAUUUCUUCUGGCAUUGCACGAUGAUAUUCUACAUACAUAUAUAUAUUUAAGAGUAAGAUUUUUAAAAAGCGCAAUUACAAAUGAAACCUUCAACCCAUUUGUGUAAAGCGUAGUAAAUGAUUAAUAUAAACGUAAAUACAUACAUACAUAUAAAUUUAGUAUUGUGUCAAACCAACAUACAUAAAUACAUACAUACACAAUUUUGUACUAUGUAAAUUGCACAUUCUCAUGAUGUUGCAAUUAAUUCCCACAUUGGCUCAUAUUCUCCUCUUGUGUAAAUUUGCCUAUGUAUUCUUAAAGUAGAGAAAUUAUGUUUUAAUUGAUAUAUGAUGAAAUUCAAUAAAUAUGAUUUGAAAAAGAACAG